AAGGAACAAAAAUGACGGAAUACAGAGAUGAAAAGCUUGUUGCUGAAUUAGAAAAAGAGAUACAAGACAAUGAGUGUGGUGUUGAUGAUCUCCUCUGGUGUUGCUGCUGUGGCGUGUUUGGCCUGAUCUGUAUUGUUCCAAAGUAUAAUAAGCGAAAAUUAGCUAAUGAUAGAUUAAUAAUUGAGCUGCAAAAACCAAAAUAUAAUCCUAAUCAAGCCUAUCCUGGUCCUCAACAUCCUCAACCGAUGUAUGUCGCUCAGGCAGCACCUGUUCCUCAGUAUGCUCCUCAGCUUCCUCCUCAAUAUCCACCUAAUCACUCUCCUCACCCUGUUUCCGAAAAGAUGCCAGGACAUUAAUCAGUAAAUCACUAGAUGUGACUGAAACUCCAAGUAAAGAGAUUGUAAUCACAGUGACACAAUGUAUAUAGCGCUGGUAUAGCUAUAGUCAUAGACGAU